UUAUUGUUAUUGUUAGUAAAAAUUUGUUCACUCCUCAAUAAGAUGAUGGUAUCGUUCCCUUGGCUUGUUAUUCAUUUCUUGGCUUUUUGCUCAUUUUUGGAGUACACUGAUUCUUUCUUUUAUCCAGAUAGAUUUACGGAUAGAUUUAUCAUAUGUAGGCCUGGGGAUUAUGGCUGCCGACGUUUUAUUAUGAAAGCGGAUCCGCAAGAUUCAGAACCGUCGUCACAGAAACAUAAGCGUCAAAGAAGACCAAAGCAUCAACAAGGUCGGAAGAAUAAGAAGACGGAUGUCCUUCAAGGCAUUCGUGACUGUUUGCUAAAAAAAUACACCAUGUCGUUUCUCAAGUGUAUGAAAGGUAUCAAGGGUUUUUAAGAAUGAAGUAAUCUAUUUAAUAUUUGGAAUUUAAAAAAACUGAAUUUGAUUAAACAUUUAAAAUACAUCAGAUUUAAUAAACAAGUUAAUCCGAAA